CAAACUAGGAUCAAGGUGUACCAAAAACUCUUCCUCUUCAAAUCUAAUCCCCUCAGUCAGUUCUUAACCUAUCCACCUCAUUUCAAUUUUUUCUUAAAUCUCCUUUCCUUCAAAUGAUUAAACGCCCAAAACAUCUAAUAAAUGGAAACCUCUCCGAAUUUCCUUCCAUCUCCGAAAAGCCUCAGCAGCACAAGCUGCCCACUACCGCCAACUCCGCCGCCUCAACAGCCCAGACCCAUCACCAGAUCUGAACCCGCUAACCCCUACCCGACUACCUUCGUCCAAGCCGACACUUCAUCUUUCAAGCAAGUCGUACAGAUGCUCACCGGGUCUUCCGAGACGGUCAAGCUAGCUUCUUCCACCAAACCAACUCCUUCCCCUCUGUCCGAACCGAACCCCAACUCGAAAACUCAUAUCCCUCCCAUCAAAUCCAUUCCCAAAAACAAGCAGAAUUCUGGGUUUAGGCUUUACGAACGAAGGAGCUCUCUCAAGAACCUCAAAAUCAAUCCCUUGAACCCGGCUUUCAACUCCAGCAAUUCCGGGUUUUCGCCUCGGAAACCCGAAAUACUCUCUCCCAGCAUUCUUGACUUCCCUUCUUUGGCUCUUAGCCCGGUUACUCCUUUGAUAUCCGACCCGUUUGACCGAUCUGGAGCUGGAAUUUACCCGAAUUGUCCCAAUAAUAAUGCGCAGCUAGAUAAGGAAGCUGAAGACAAGGCAAUUAAAGAGAAGGGUUUUUAUUUGCAUCCAUCACCGGCAUCUGCACCGCGGGAUUCGGGGCUUAGGCUUCUCCCACUUUUUCCAGUUACUUCACCUCGAGUUUCAAGUUCUUCUACUUCUUAAACUAAAAUAAAUCGACCUUUUUUAGUUUUUUGACGUUAUUAUUGUAAGUUUUACAUAUUGUUGGGGCACUGAAGAAUGGGAAUUGGAAAGAAACGAGACAGGAUUUGUAAUGUUGGUUGUCGGAUACUUUCAAAGGAAUGAAGAUACAAAUCUUUUGCUUCAA